AUGGAUUGUAGUAAAGCAGUAACAUCUCAGAGAUUAAGUAAAGAGGAUGUAUUGUCAAAGUAUGCAGAUCUAUUUACAGGUUUGGGUAAGAUUGAAGGCAAACUUCAUCUAGACGUGGAUGAAACAGUGACUCCAGUUGUGAUGCCACCUCGCCGUGUCCUAAUUUUUGUGAAACCCGAGUUAAAAGAAGAGCUUGAUCGCCUUAAAGCCCUUAACGUCUUAGUGAAAAAAGAGAAACCAACAGCAUGGGUGUCUGGGUUUGUAGCAUCUGCCAAGCCAAAUGAAAAAGUAAGGGUAUGUAUUGACCCACAGCAUCUAAAUACCGCACUGAAGCGUAGACAUUAUCCCCUUCCAGUUGUUGAGGAGAUUCUCCCAGAGUUAGACAAAGCAAAGUUUUUCACAAAGGCUGAUCUCAAAGAUGGGUAUCUACAGAUCCAGUUGGAUGAAGAUUCUAGCAAGCUUACUACGUUUCAGACACCAUGGGGUAGGUAUCGCUGGCUCCGCAUGCCCUAUGGAAUUUGCCCAGCUUCCGAGUGCUUUCAGCAGAAGCUUGAUCAAUGCCUUGAAGGAUUGCCAGGGGUGUAUAAGAUAGCUGAUGAUUUACUCAUCAUUGGAAAGGGAGACACCGAUGAAGAGGCAGAGUGUGACCACGACCAACAUCUGACAACGCUGUUUGAACGAUGUCGAGCAAAGAAUGUCAAGUUAAACAAGGAUAAGCUGAUUUUCAAAUCCAGGGAAGUGUCCUUUAUUGGCCACCUAAUCACAAGAGAAGGGUUGAAACCAGAUCCUAGAAAAGUGGAAGCGAUCCAGAGAAUGAAGCGACCUAAUGAUGUUCCAGCAGUAUUGCGAUUCCUUGGUCUUGUGAAGUACCUGUCAAAAUUCCUAAACGAUUUAUCUGGAAUGAGCGAGUCUUUGCGUCAGCUGACACACAAGGAUGCAGAAUGGAAUUGGACAGAAGAGCAAGAGGACGCCUUCGAGCGUAUAAAGGAAGCAGUUGUUAAAGCUCCAGUUCUGAAGUAUUUCAGCGAUACUGAUGCAACUGAGGGACAGGGAGAUGCUUCACAGAAUGGUCUCGGGUUUGCUCUCAUGCAGAAGGGACAACCUGUGACAUAUGCAAGUCGGGCUCUGAAUUUGGCAGAGCAGCGAUAUUCACAGAUCGAGAAAGAGCUGUUAGCACAAGUGUUUGGUAUGGAACAUAAUCAUCAGUAUGUGUAUGGUCGUAAGGUUAUUUUAUGGACCGAUCACAAGCCGCUUGUCUCCAUAUCGCAGAAACCACUAGUCACAGCGCCAAAGAGACUCCAGCGGUUACUUUUGGGGUUACAACAGUAUGACUAUGAAAUUCGCUACAAGCCUGGCAGAGAUAUGGUCGUGGCUGAUACGUUAUGUCGAGCAUAUCUAGAAGACCACAUACCUACUAAAACUGAAGUAGAGACAGAGCAUAUCCAUGCAGCACAGUUUUUUUCAAUUCCUGACCACCAGAUGAAAGAGUUACAGCAGAAAACUGCAGCAGAUCCAACAUUGCAAUUACUCAAGAAGGUAAUUUUAGAUGGAUUUCCAAAUUCCAAAGACAGUCUACCAGCAAGCAUCCAUCCAUAUUUUGGUAUUCGAGAUGAAUUGUCUGUAGUCGAUGGCAUCAUCUUCAAAGGGCUACGUUGUAUUAUUCCUGUGGUUCUCAGACACAAAAUUAUGUUGAAAUUGCAUGAGUCACACAUUGGGGUGCAAGGAUGUCUUCGGAGAGCUGGAGAACUAGUCUAUUGGCCAGGUAUGAAUGCUGAACUCACUGAUUACAUUAGUAAGUGUGACAUCUGUCUAUCAUCAAGUACAAGUCAAGCUAGGGAGCUCUUUAUUUAUCACGAGAUUCCAGACAGACCCUGGAAGAAGAUUGCCACUGACAUUUUUACGAUAGACGGUAAAGACUUUUUGUGCACAGUCGAUUACUAUAGCGGUUAUUUUGAAGUAGACCCAUUAAGUAGCAAAACAAGUAAAAGUGUAAUUUCCAAGAUGAAGAGACACUUUUCUACUCAUGGAAUUCCUAAUGAACUUUGUAGUGACAAUGGUCCCCCAUUUAACUCAGUUGAAUUUACUAACUUUAUGAGGUUUGCAGGAACUAAGCACAUCACCAGUUCACCAUUGCAUGCUCAGAGCAAUGGAAGAGCCGAAAAUGCAGUCAAGACAGCCAAGAACCUCAUGAAGAAAAGCAAAGAGGCAUGUAUGGAGUAUUUUAUCUCGUUGCUUAGCUGGAGAAACACUCCUACGGAAGGCAUGGAUACGUCCCCAGCUCAAAGAAUGUUUGGACGGAGAACUCGGACACAGUUACCGACUGCUGAACCAUUACUAAAGCCACAACCAGCGCCAGUUGAUGUAAGAAAACAAAUUCUGACAAGGAAGGAGAAACAAGCAUCCUAUUAUAACAGGCAGACAAAGGAGCUUCCAACGCUGAAAGAAGGUCAAGUGGUGCGAAUUACCCCUCAACCAAAUGAUCGAGAGAAGAAAUGGAUAAAAGGUCAAGUAACUAGAGAAGCGGGUAUCAGAUCUUAUGAAGUGAUAACUGAGGAUGGCAGGCAGUUCAGGAGAAAUCGUAAACAUUUGCGUGCUUCUAAGGAACAGUUUUAUCCGCCAGACAAACAAUCUCCACAUGUGUCACCAUCAUCAACACCACCUCCAUUAACGCCGCCAAAGUUGCAGGUCCAACAUGUUCCGCAGCAGCCCGUUGUUAGCCCUGGGAAAGCCAUCAGUGGAGUGACGAGGAGUGGCCGAGUAUUCAAACCGCCAAGUUGCCUAGGCUAG